AAGUUAGCCAGGUCGUUUGCCGGUUGUUAGCCGGUGAUUGUCAGACUACUUUUAUCGUUUGCCGGAUUAAAUUAAUUCUUUAAUGGAUUUUUUAAAUAUUGGGAGCCAAAAACACGGAAGUUGGCUCCCAAAAAAAAAUUCGACGAAUUAAGUUCGACAAUAGCUCAAUCGAUAGGAAAUCGUUUGCCGGUGAUUGUCAGGUGAUUGUCAGACUCCGACAAACGAAUCCUACACCCAAAAAUUGAUAAAAACUAUUUGGGGACAUAAAAAUGGCGCUGAGUCGGGAUUGCCCCGGCGUGGGGGAAAUCGCAUCAUGCUAACCACCAUCUUAUUUCUUGUGGGGUGCAGCCAGGUGGAUUUACUUUUUGGAGCACUCCAAAAGCAUUUUCCGGAAUUAAUUCAUUAACGUAUGUGAAAUUUGCAUGUAUACAAGCCGAUUCUAUGGAUUGAACUGUUACUGACGGCGUACUCCUGCCAGUGGAAUGUUCUGUGAUUUAAAGUGAAAAUGUGCCUGGAAAUGAGUAAGGUCAGUGGAAAAAGCGAACGAGCUAAGACAAAAUAACCUGCAAGUACGUGGCAUCGAGAAACUUCCAUGUUUCAAGCGGGGGAAUUGGUAGCUGGAAUCGAGAUGGGGGAUGAUAGAAUUAUCCACGUUCUCCGAACGUCCAGUUUUGAUUAUAUUCUAAAUGCAUUGUUCUGUAUCGCAACGAAUGACGCUAAUUACGCGGCGCUCAUUACGAAUACACAUGACGUCCCUAUUCUGGAGUUUAUCAUUAAGCUUCUUGAGGAUUGAAAUAUAGAGGAGGCUCACAGAACAAGGGCACUGAUGUUGCAAUCUAUGUGUGACAGUGACAUUUGUAAACUGGAAGAGGAAAGUUAUACCAAUGUACACAUAAGUAAUAUACGUGUCCAAGGUACGCCCUCACAAAUGUGGGCCAGCACAAUGACUGAAGAACCCAGUAUUUGGAAGAAUUUUCAGUACAAUGUUUGUGGCUGUUACGUUGAGAAGCUACCAGUGAUGGAGGUCAAUGAAAAAAAAGUGUCAAAGUCAUUCACCAAUUUCGAAAAGGCGCUGGAAUUUCACAAUUUACUCAAAAAUAUUAAAUGUCGUCGUCGGUCAUGCCCUGGAUCGUGUGAGCUGCUAAAUGUACCAAAUUCCCAUUUGUUCAUUGAAUUUAAAAAGGCACGAAAGUGCUCUCUUCAUCAAUUACCAACAACAAUUGUAAUUGAAUGUACGUUCAGAUUAGCAGGGGUAAUAACUCGGGAGAACAAUAGAUAUGUUGUCUAUUGUUUACUAGACGGACUAUGGUCGUUGUAUGAUAACAACUGCACCGUGAUCCCGACACCGCCCGUCGUAGACAUUGAACUACUCUGUAUGAUAUACAUACUCGAGUCAUAACGUGGCAGAUCGCAGUUCAAAAAUCGCAAUACCAGUCCUCAGAGCUCCAGUUGACCCCUUUGCCAAUGUCUGGUUACUACCGACUCCAUCGGUAACAGGAAUUCGAGAUUUGAAUGACUCCAAAGAGAACCAGCUCCCAGCUGCAUUGGCUUCGUUGCAACAUUUUCUCCAUGUUUCAAAUUCAAUGAAGCCAAGUGUGAUACGCAGAAGAGAUGUACCAGUUGAAUAAAUGUUUUUAUGCUAAUUUUGAUUUUU